GUGACCCAAUGGGAUGUAUGCUGUAGAACACACUUGCAUACACAGCAGCCGUUUGACCGGGAAGUGCUUGCGCUGUCCGAGCCGGAAGUUGAGGUAUCAGCUGAUGCUGGUGUUGCUAAUGGAAGUUGUGUGUUGUUGUUGUUCACGGUAGACAAUUACCGUAAAGAAACGAAUAAGGAAAUCCGUGGUACUAACAGGCAGUGAUCGGGUAGACAACAAUUCACGUUAGAACCGCGUAGAAAUACACUUAGACAGCAUCAGUAUUUCUUAGUAGAAGAGAUAUACCUUUAGUUGUAUUGGAAAGGGACUGCAUGUGAAUAUAUAUAUACAAGGAAACGGGUGUAGCAUGAAUAUUAGACAUCACGGUAGCGCUGCAAUUUGUGUCAAAUAGAACACAUUUAAACAAAAUUGUGUAAGGUAAGGAUACAAAAACUGAAGUCAGGGCAGACGUAAUACAGUGCUAAAAGAAAACAACAAAGCAAACGCAAUCGGAAAUAUUAUAAAUACAGUCUUUGUCAUUUUAUUAUUAUUAUUAUUAUUUAUCUGUCACCGCAAUUUUAGAAUUUUAAAAACAAGUUAUUUAAAUGUGAUGUAUGAACGUGUGUAGUAGUAUUAUAAAUUAGGAAGCGGUCGUUUGUCGUUGUUUAUUUCACGGAGACACAGGUGACACUCCUGGAAAAUACACUGCACAAUAGUAAUAUCAAUAUUAAGUUGUGUCUGGCACGAAGUGGUUUUAAUGAAUGUGGUGUUCGUGGUGAUACUGGUGUGCAGGCUAGCCUACGUUGAAGCAGGGGCCGAGGCUCAGGGCUGUCAGUAUUAUUUAAACAGUAUUAUAAACCCCGGCCCAGUCACACACAGAACUCCGAAUCUGCCUUCUUGGUUCUUGUUCGGGCCAAUGCUGGAUCUGGAGGUCGUGCCUGAGAGAUCGCUGGGAAAUGAACAAUGGGAAUUUGCUCUAGGGAUGCCAUUGGCCCAGGCCAUCGCUAUUCUCCAGAAACACUGCCGCAUCAUCAGAAACGUGCAGGUUCUCUAUAGUGAACAGACUCCUCUUUGCCAUGACCUCAUACUGAACUUGACUCAGGACGGAAUCAAGCUGCUCUUUGAUGCCUGCAAUCAGCGACUGAAGGUAAUUGAAGUUUAUGACUUGAGCAAAGUGAAAUUGAAAUACUGUGGAGUGCAUUUUAACUCUCAGGCAAUAGCUCCGACCAUUGAGCAGAUAGACCAGUCCUUUGGAGCCACGCACCCAGGAGUGUACAAUGCAGCUGAGCAGCUUUUUCACCUUAAUUUCCGAGGUCUGUCUUUCUCCUUUCAACUGGACUCCUGGAACGAAGCUCCCAAGUAUGAGCCUAACUUUGCCCAUGGCUUGGCCUCCCUGCAGAUUCCUCAUGGAGCCACUGUAAAACGCAUGUACAUCUACACUGGAAACAGUCUGCAGGAUACCAAGGCUCCAGCGAUGCCUCUUGCCUGCUUUCUGGGGAAUGUGUUUGCCGAGUGCGUCGAAGUAUUAAGAGACGGGACGGGACCCUUAGGUUUAAGACUCCGUCUCCUCACUGCAGGCUGUGGUCCCGGGGUGAUGGCAGAUGCUAAGGUUCGAGUGCUGGAGCGCUGCAUAUACUUCGGAGACUCAUGUCAGGAUGUUCUGAGCACUCUGGGGUCACCACACAAGGUCUUCUAUAAAUCCGAGGACAAGAUGAAGAUUCACUCUCCCUCCCCUCACAAGCAGGUUCCCUCCAAAUGCAAUGACUACUUCUUCAACUACUUCACCCUUGGAGUGGAUAUACUGUUUGAUGCCACUACUCAUCUUGUGAAAAAGUUUGUGCUACACACGAAUUUCCCUGGUCAUUACAAUUUUAAUAUUUAUCAUCGAUGUGAUUUCAAGAUUCCACUUACAAAUAAAAAAGGUGGUGCCGAUUCUCAGACGGAAGCAGGCACUUUGACAACAUACAGCAAGUGGGAUUUGAUUCAGGAGCAUAUUGGUCACCCUAUGGAAAAGCCGGUUGUCCUGCACAGGUCAUCUUCAGCAAACAACAGCAACCCGUUCGGAUCUACUUUUUGCUUCGGACUGCAAAGAAUGAUUUUCGAGGUGAUGCAGAACAACCACAUAGCCUCAGUAACCAUGUGCCCCCCCCGGCCGAGCAGCCAUUCUCGAGCAGCCGAAGCACCUGCCCAGUGAGCGCCCGCUCUCCGCUCCUCCAACCACAACACUACAGAUCUAGUACAGUACAGUGUGCCUUGAUUUGCUGCCACUAUCAUACAAGAAAAGCAUGGUAUGGUUUCUUUUAGUUCUCGCUGCCCCUCCCCUGUCCUGAGACUGGCGAGAGUGCGCAGUGGAGUAUCACAGAGCUGCUCUCGCAGGGAGGAGUCCCAGUGGAUGGGCUGUGAAGCCAUGUGUGUGUGUGUUAUUCUGGUCCUUCUGUGUCUGUCUGUCCGUUACAUUCACCUGAUCGCACACAAACAUAGAUACAAGCACAAAGCACCGACCAGAGCCAAGGAGGUUGGUUAAUAUUUUAUUUAUAUAUAUAUAUAUAUAUAUAUAGAGAGAGAGAGAGAGAGAGAGAGAGAGAGAGACACACACACAUUUAAAUGUGUGUUCGUGUCGUAGUGGUGUGGUACAGUUCUAAACGUAGAAAUUAGACGUUUUGCACUUUGCUUUGGCUCAGUGCAGUCUACUGAGUGCAUCAAGUCUAAGCCUAUGUCCACUGUUUUCAGGCACACAUUGUUUUACUUAAACUGUAGCAAGUUAAAAGAAAAAAACAAAAACUUUUGGUUUUAACAUUUGCACUAAAUACACCUUAAUUACCUGAUAAUUGUCUUUGAUCCACUGAGGAAUAUUUGUGUCAUGGGUGCAAGUGAGUGAGGGGGUGCAACAGUUUUGUUAUUUUAAUAAUCUGCACGCAGCUGAUAAAAUAGAAUGUUAUUUUUUUUGUGUGCUGAAAGUCCAUCCACAUUUCCUAUUUCCAUGCCCAGUGUGUAUGUUAGGAUUCUUUCGAAUUUCAGUCCGAGACAUCUGAGAGCAUCUUGUUUUUUAAUCUAUACUUGUUAUGGAAACUGCACACCCCAAUGUGAUUGAAAACCACUUGUAAAAAGAAAGCUGCAGUUGUCCAGGGAGUGGAACUCCUGGCGUAUUGCAGUACUCUGCUCCCCCCCACCCCCCUCCUCCCCCCUUACAACCACCCACCCCUAUAGGGGUCAACUUGGUACAUGGGCUAUCUUUUAAUAUUGCUUCAUGUUUUAAAAAUAAUAAUAAUAAUAAUAAUGCCCCGUUUUUAAAAAAUACAUUUAAAAAAUGUAAAAAGAAAUAAAUGUAGUGACUUUAACUUGUAAUACAUGACUAGACACCGAUGUUUGUGUUUUCAGUGUGUGUAUAGAUUUGUAAAUACAGCAUUUUUUGGUAAUUUUAAAUAAUUGUACAGUGUAAGCCUGCAUUGCUUCAUUAAGUCAGAAAUAUAUAUUGUAACAUUGCAAAUCUGGACCAGUAACAGGGGAUACAGUAUGUGGAUGUGCGUUAAUGGUAUGUAUUUACAUUUAGUCUUCCCUUUUACUGUGACAUUCUAGACUGUUUUAACUACCCCUACAUGUACAGUAUGAUACAAGCUUACCUUUCUUCCAUUCUUAGCUGUUAAUCGAGGCUCUUACUAAACAUGUGCUACUUCUCUGUAUCGAUUGCUUGCUGAAGAUACUUUGUGCCUCUUGAUUUCCUGCAUAGCCUGUCUGAAACUGUGUAAUGAAAUGAAAUGCAUUAUGAGCAUGUAUUUUGAAAUGUUCACAUCAGGAUGUUAACACAUCAGGCUGUCAGUAAUGGUUUGUGUGCUCAAAGAAAAUUACUAUUUUAAUAGAUAAGCUGCUGAAAAGGUAUGGAUUACAUGUCCAGUGUAGAAGCCUGAACCCCAUAGUCUCUUAAGUGGAAGUAAACGAUCACUCUGUUCAGAAUGUCCUAAUACUUGUUAUCAAAUGUCAUCAGAAUGUCAUUGAAUUCGUGGUCAAAGGGUGGCUAGAAAACGUCCAAGCAUUCAGGUAUGGUUGAUUACCAACGAACUGCUUUGCCAGUGGAAAGAACGGACUGUAAUACAAAUUUCUAAACUGGAAUACAGUUGCUUUUCAUGUGAUAGAAGCAACAUUCAUAUAAAUACGAUUUUCAAAUGUUUUUCAAAUCCAUCAUUUUUUGGGGAUGCAUCUUUUUUUAAAUGCCCAUUGCUUAUUGAAAUUGUGAACUGAUGCAUACAGUAGAAAUGUGGUGUUUGAAAAUAAGAUAUUUUAAAAUCUCUGUCCGUAAAAUAACCUACAAGUCUUUUCCGCUGUGACAUUUAAAUAAACAUAUCCAAAUGCUCCUCCACAUGGAGCUUUUGAAAAUUCCAUUGUUAAGCUGAGGGAACACGAAGACUCUUUGUGGCUUCGAACAUGGUUUCAGGAGACCUGUUUCAGGGUUUGAAAGAGCAACGUUGCCUCAUACUAGGUCUCCUGGAACCAGGUUUCAAGCCACUGUUACUGAAAAAGUCGUUUCGUCUUCCCUCCGCUUUAGCAUCUCAAAAGACGGCAAUAAACGCAGCUGGUCCUAAUUCAAAUCCAGGCAUAUGCAAAUUUAUCGAGUAAUUUAUUGACUUUUUUUAAACCACUAUAUUCACAUUUUGAUACACAGCUCACAAUCUUGUUCAUAUCCUCAAUUCCUGAAUCAGAAAAUAAAAAUGGAUGUAAUAAACCUGUAAAACAA